AUGUCAUCCUCAGGUGUGGUAUCGAAAAAGCUCAAGUUUAAAGGUGACAAAACCAAGAAGAAGAAAAGGUCUCAUAAUCAUCCGGGAGGUGGAGGUGGUGAUGGGGAUGAAUUGGCUGCUUUGGCUGCUGCUGAUCCCAGGGGCUGGGUACUCCCAGAACAUCCAAUGGAGAUUAACGGUCCGGCAUUCAUCUUACUUCCCUCUGAGCCUUUGACAUGUCUAGCGUGGGAUCCAACGAGACAGCGAGUGUACGCUGCACCCGUAGAUAUCCCUCAAGCACCCGAGGGGAUGAACGAUCUGAGCGAAGCGGAGAUACUGCAGACGAUAGAACCUAGUGAUGUUAAUCAUGUAUGGGUGAUAUCGAGAUUAUCGGGGAGUGAGGACGUUAUAAGUUUACGAACAAGCACGGGUACAUUCUUAACCGCCAGUCCAUCAGGCACAUUAUCAGCCACGACUCCCUCCAGAGGACCACUCGAGGCAUUCAUUCCUCAACCUUCUUCUUCCGGAAGCUCAAGUGUCUUUCCCGGAUGGUCUAUUCAGACUCAACAUAAUUCCAAAUACCUCUCGACCUCCGCACCGAGCGGUACGUCUGUAGGUAAACUCAAGGCAGAAUUGAGGAUCGACGUGGAUCAGCCGGGCGAACAUGAGUUGAUAAGGAUCAAAUGUCAGAGGGAAUUCGUGUACAAGGCGAAAUUGGCUUUGCAGGAAGGGAAGGAUGGGACUGCCUCGAGUUCGAAGAAGAGGUUCUUGAGUGGGGGGCCGGCGGAGGGGUCGAUGGAGGAUGAAUUGAAGAGGAAUCGCGAGUCCCAAACGUGGGGAGGUGGUCGAACGAUUGUAUCCGAAAAAGAUCGAAGGGAGUUGAAGAAAGCCAGGAAAGAAGGUAAAUUGGGUGAAGCGAUGUUAGAUAGAAGAGCGGCUCUGAAGAGUGAUCGGUAUGCCAAGUGA